AUGUUCUCCAAAGCUAUCAUUGCUACCGCCCUUCUCGGCGUUGCGUCCGCUCACCAGAAUCUCCACCAGUUUUGGGUCAACGAUGAGACCCCCGGCUACCAGGUCGGCAUCAGAAUGCCUCCUUCCAACAGCCCCGUCACCGACGUAAAGUCGGACGACAUGGCCUGCAACGUCGACGGUUCCAAGGUCCCCUCCGGUGUCGCGACCGUGCCCGCCGCUGAGGGCGACUCCAUCAAAGUCCAGUGGGACUCCUCCGGCCACCCCGGCCCCAUCACUCACUUCCUGUACGGACCCGUCGACGAUGCUGCCCAGGCAACUGGUAUCGGUGCCGGCUGGUUCAAGAUCGAUGAGCUGGACCAGGUCGAUGGCAAGUGGGCCAACGAGAUCAUGCAGGCCGCCAACAUGACCCACGAAUUCAAGCUCCCUACUGGCCUCGCCAGCGGAGAGUACCUUCUCCGCUCUGAGAUGCUUGCCCUCCAUGGUGCUCAGACCGUUGGUGGUGCCCAGUUCUACAUCGGUUGCGCCCAGCUCAAGAUAACCGGUACCGGCAGCAAGGGCGCCUGCGGCCCCACCAUCUCGCUCCCCGGCGCCUACAAUGCUGAGGACGCUGACAUCUACAUCCCAAAUGUCUACAACGGCUUCGACGCCUCGACCUACACCGCUCCCGGUGGCCCCGUUGCUACCUGUGGCGGCUCUGGCAACGCUUCUCCUGCACCCGCCACUUCUGCUGCGUCCAAUGGCAGUGCCAUCGCCACCCCUACUGUCUCUACUUCUUCUAUCCUCUCGUCUGCCGUUGCCACCAGCGCCGUUGCUGAGGGGACCCCCGUCGCAUCCAGCGCAGCUGCGUCUGCUCCUGUUGCUACGUCCUUUGCGCCUACCUCAGUCGCUGCUGAGACUCCUGUUGCCAGCGCGACUACCUCUACUCCUGCCUCGUCUGGUCGUGUGCUGUUGUCAUGUCGUGCUUUGCUGUGA